AUGUUGUGAUGAAUGGCAACACAGGAGGCUGAAGUAAUUAAUUUUUAGUAGAUAGGAAAUUAGGGUUGGGAAUGAGAAUGUAUGAAGUGUGUUAGAAUUUUUAAGGGUCCUGACUUCGUUCCUCCUCCCCUUUAUGCAGAAAUUGAGGAGAUGUCUUCAGAAGAGCCUAUGAGUGUAGUGGGAAGUGAGGUGAUGCCUCUCGGGUACGGUAGCAUGGAUUCGGAGAGUAGUCCAUCUCCAACUAGUUCGGAGAGGACGGUGGAGGAUAGAAGGGAGACUAGGGUAGUGGAAGAGGAGGAAGAUGGAAUCCCCUCAAAUAUUUUAGAGGCUGGGAGUGGGGUAGAUGGCUGUUACAACUCGGAUUUAGAUAUAGUGUCUGAGGUGAGGGGAUAUGUGAGUGAGCUGGGUAGCAGGGGUAGUUUGAGGGGUCUGGUAGAGAACUGCAACCUCCCCCACCAUGUCUUGAUUAGGCCUGCCGGGGUGAACGAGCGAGCAUGCUCGGCACCCCGAGACCAUUGGAUGCCUAUCUACGUUCAUUACUUAAUGGCAGGGUGGUACUACUUCGGUCCUCGAUCGUCCAGCAAAGAGAAUAGGAGUUUAUUCACUGCUGGACCGUCAUCCAUCAAAGGUUGGAAAGAAAAAUUCUUCUUUGUGGAUGACACCGAGUGGAGUAGGGGGGACGCCGAAGUAGAAAAAUUGUUUGCUUGGAAAGCUAAGAAGACCAAGCAGAACAAUUAUAAGCUAAAUGAGGAUGAAAUGGAGGAGGUUGAGAAGCUGGUGAGGGAGGAGGGGGAGUUAGUGGAUAUUAUGUAUCUCACCAGCGCGGAGGCACUAGAGGCUGCUGAGCUCUAUGGGCCAAGCUCAUUAAGCGAAGCUGAGAUGGACGGUUAUCUAAAUGCUGUUGGAGGGUUGCGCAUCCCAAAGAAGCCGAGGAAGAAGUCAAAGACUUCAACUACGGCCGAAAAGGAGAUGACAGAGAGGGAGAGACUGUCCAACACUUCUGCCCGAGCUGUGGAGGUGCAGCCAAGGCCGGAGCCUAUGAUGGGUGGUGGUGAGGAGGUGAGCGAGGAGGUGGCCCCGCUCCAGAGAAAGAAGAGGAAAGUGGCUGAGCCAGAGGUAAAGGGGGAUGAGGUGAUUGAGUUCGUACCUCACCCUUCCCCUCUUGAGAUGGAUCCUGAAAUCAGGGAGAGGGAGGAGGUUGAGGUGCGAGGCCCUGGCAAGGGCACGGAGCUCAUCCCUCCUCACUUGUACGAGAAGAGUUUGUUUGAGGUGAGAAACACAACUAGGGCGAAGCACUUCCUCAACGCCACUCUGCCUGAGGUGGAUAGGACGCGGGCGAGGGACGAGGGACAAGGCGGUGAGCCAGCUAGGGGCUACUGUUGUAAGGCAUGCCCUGGAGGUACGGAAGGGGGUUGUAACCUAUUUAUGUUCUAUGUUUGAGUUUCUUUUUUCUUUUCUUUUCUUCUUCUUCUUCUUCUUCUUUUUUUU